AUGCGUCAUUCUUUAUGUCGACCUUGCCUCUCCUCAUUUUGGUCUUGGGCUAACAAACAUGUUGCUUGGUGGCGUUGGUCGUUUUCUACAAAUGAUGAACAAUCUCUAAAUUCCACGUCAAAUGCUAGCAGUACAGCAGGUUGUGUACCAACUCCUAUAUCCUUUGGAAAAACGAAUAAUGCGGAAAAGUCUUCUGAUAUUGAGCCUCCUGUUGGCAUUUGCAUCCAGUGUCAAGCUAAAAUGUCCUUACAAUUACAAUCAUCACCCAGUGUGUCACUAACACGUAACCAAUCUCCCGUUUUGUCUCAUGGAGCUGGUUCUGAACUUGAGGAAUCCGACGUCUUGUCAGUUAAUGGAAAAACCUGUAAAUCUCUCCGCUUAAUGCCUCUUGCAGCUUUGGAUCUUUUGCGUUCAAGGUUAAGUAAUGCUCAUGAAGUUACUCCAGUAACUUAUGUAGCCACCGACUUAAUCAACGAUUUUGUUUUCAGUCAACACAUCAAAAAACUGUUAGUCAGUGGCAGUGAUUCCGAUCUCAAUUUAUCUCAUUCCCUGUGGGACUCAAAUAUUACUAUACCUUACAAUGAGGUGGGACAGAUAGUCGUGUGUGCCUCUUCUUCAUCUAAGCGUCGAAAAAUGGAUAAUCAAUUUCAGAACAAAAUACUUUUUAGUCAGUGUAGUAGUCAAUUAUCUUUUGACAAUAGCUCAAUUUUAAAACCCGUGCUCAUGGAUUCUGAUCCAAAAGAUGAAUUAUUUGGAUCUAAACUUCCGAACACUCUUCUAACGUGUAAAUAUCGUUUGCCGCAGGAGGCCUCUGAUUUGGGCGCAUACACGCGCGACAACCCUGAUAACAAUUGGAAUUAUCCACGUCCUGCUACCGUUCACUACACUUCUAGUGUCAUACCUUGGAUGUCAUCGUCGAUUUUCCCGUACGUCCAGACUGGAGCUUCUCUGUUAAGAUCUCCCCGCCAACUUACCGAUUCUCUUUCGGAAUCCACUAUUGUGGGUCAAAUUUCAGGGUUGUCAACUUCUAACAAAGUCUCUAUGAACGAUACACAGCAUGUCGACAGUUGUGAAACUGAUCCAUGUGAAGGACCCAACCGAAGUUCAAUGACUGCAUGUUGCCGUUGUGGCCGUAUUGUUCUUCAGACAUUUCCCGUUGAUCCACACUCUAAUAUCAGUGCAGUUGUUUGUGAAAAGUUAAUUUAUUCUGAAAAUCGGUACUUAACUCCUAGUUCCCAGAAAGCUUAUGGUAACAUUCAUUCACAAUGUUCAACUAACCAAGAUCCCCAUACUCCCACAAAUCAUCCUUAUCAGUUUGACUUAUCGUCAUUGAAAUCUUGUCCGUCUGGUUCCACUUCUCUGUCUAACCGAUCCAGAAACGUGGAGGCUAGAAAGUCGGAAACUGCUGAAAGAUCGGUGAAUGCCGUGCUUCAUCUGAUUGACCAAACAGGAAAUAAUUCUGUUUUAAAUGCAGUGAAUCGCAGUAUAACUGAAGUUAUAACAGGUCUCUUUGUUGAUAUGGGUGAAUAUGGAUCCGCCUCUAGUCUUCAAGAUGUUACACAUCGUAUUUGCCGGUGGGAACUAAGUUUAUGCAGUCCUAUCUAUAAUACUCCUUAUUUGUCUUCAUCUGGUGAACGUGAUUCAGCAAGAAGUGUGUGCUUGCCCAUGCCAACCAACGUUGCUGUAUCAUAUAACAAUAAUAGUCUUGUUGUUCCUCACGCUCGUUUGUUUAAUGAUUCAUCUGUCUGUCUCUCACCAGAUGGACGCCUUCUUGCUGCAUUUGUUAUUCCUCGAGAAACAUCAUGCUAUACAUUACAGUCAUCUCAGUCUUCCGCUUUACUCGGUACACUUCUCGCUGUGUAUCGUCUGCAACCGGAACAUAACCGUGGUCAGUGUCUGUUCGCUCGCCGCUUCACCGCAUCUAGUCCUGUAUGUGUUGACUUCAGUCCUUUAGGAGAUUUUUUGGCAGUCGGGUUAGCAACUACACGCAUACCUUCAGAACCAUUCUCUACCACGAGUGAGUCGUCUACACAAGAAAGUCUUUUAAGAUAUGGUAGUUCUUCAUCGCUCCAGGACCAUUCAGACCUCCGUCAGCCAAACGUUAAAUGUUCGUGCCAAAGACAAUCCUCUGUCGCGUGCGUUUUCCACCUUCAACGUUCCAAAACACAGAAGGGUCAAAUUCGUCGGAGCCUGCGUGAUAUUCAAAAUAUCAAACAUCCUGCACUUUUGGAUCCUGUCUCAUCAAGAUAUCUUGAAUUAUCUAGUCCAUCUUCAGAAAAAUUAGAUCGCUGGCAUCGGUUAUUACUUUCUGCUCAAAGUGGAAUCUCUUUGAAUACCAUUGUUUGGAAUGCCAAUGGCAGCAUUCUUUACGGUACUACCAAAGGUCUCAUCGUAAUUUCUCAUGGAAAUCAAUCUUCUUCCGUAUCAAUUCUACCACUCCGUUGUACCAAGUCACAUAUGCAGUCUGUGAACGACUGCGAAAUUUCUUAUAGAAGAAAACACUUUAUAAAUCAAGCACAAACUAUUACUAGUUCCUCUAACUUUUCCGUUCCUCAGUCUCGUGCUGUAAUUUAA